AAAAUUGUUGUAUUUGUUUUAUUAUUCAAGAGUUGUUACAUUAGUUUGUUAUCAUAAAUAAAGUAUUUGAAUUAAAAUACUGAGUGUGUCUGCCUUAUGUUAAAGUUUUAGCUUUAAAUUAAUAGUUUCCUUGUGUGUGAUGAAUGAAAGCAUAAUAAUUGUUUGUUAUAAGAUGUAGUUAUUGACUACAUUACUUCUCUGAUCGCUAGAAUACAUUUUUUCUAGUUUAUCAUAGUUAGAAGACUGGACAUUUUAUUUUGUGAAUCAAUUUUUUAGUACAUUAGAACUAUGACACUUGUAAAAAACAGUGUCAAUGCUCAAGAAAUAUUAGAUAGUGGUCUUAUUGAAGUUGACAUAAUCAGACAGGAUAAUAUAGCAUAUGAAUAUUUAUGCCAUUUAGAAGAAACUAAAAUAUGGCUAGAAUCUUGUUUGAAAAUGAUUCUUCCUCCCGUGAUGGAACUGGAAGAUAGAUUAAGAAAUGGUGUUUUACUAGCCAAGUUGGGAAAUUUUAUUGCUCCAUUAGUAGUACCAAUAUCUUGUAUAUAUGAUCGCGAUGAAAGAAGAUAUAAGUUAGCUGGCCUUCAGUAUCGUCAUACUGAUAAUAUUAAUUAUUGGUUGAAAUCUUUAAAUGCUGUUAAUCUACCCAAGAUAUUUCACCCAGAAACAACUGAUGUGUAUGAUAAGAAAAACAUGCCAAAAGUUAUUUAUUGUCUUCAUGCUUUAAGUACUCAUUUAUUUAAACGUGGUGAAGCUCCUUUAAUUCAAGAUCUUUAUGGAAAAAUCAAUUUUUCUGCGGAAACAAUUACUGCUACAAGAAAAGAAUUGGCUGAAAGUGGCGUAGAACUUCCUAAAUUCCAAAAAAUUGCAGGUCUUUUAUUAGAUGAUGUAAAAGGAAAUCCAAUUACAUUACAUGAUAUUGUUAUUUCAAUAAAUAAUGCUAUUGUAUCUAAAGAUAUGAAUAAUUUCACUAAAUGCCUUACCAAUAAGAUGGCAAAUUUACAGUUUAUUAACUUAGAUUAUAUAGAAAAUUAUUUAGUAGUUUUGCGACAUGCUAAACAAACAAAAGAAAAUUCAACAAUGAAUAAGUCUUUAAGUGAAAGUUUUGAGCCUGAUACUUAUGAUGAUAUUUUAACAUUGAAUGAAAUACAAGGAUAUAUUUCAUCAGUUAAUAUUGAUCAGAAAUGGAAUGAAAUAUUUAAAGCAGAAAGUGAUAAUGAUAUUGUAAAUGUUUUAAAAUCAAAAUAUAUUAUGUUGAUGGAUUUUAAUGAAAAAAAUUCCAAAUAUUAUGAAUUAGAGUUCAGAAAUCAUUCCAAUGCUAUCAACUCAUCAAAUUUAAACUCUAUUGACAAAAAGUGUUUUUUGCAGCGUAUUGUACAUGGUGGAAACCAACUAGCUUUAAUGAACAAAAAACAAGAAAGUUUCAUAAAAAAAUUAAAUAACACUUUAGUUAUUGAUGAUAUGAAUGGUUUUGCUACUCUUCUUAGAGAACCUAUACUAAAUAUAAAUCAUCUUAUCAAGGAAUUUGCUAUACCUUUGUACUUUGAAGAACUUAAAGAUGACCGAAAUGAUGUUAAUCAAGACUUAAGCUAUAAUGAUAUCAUUCAAAGUUUACAAGUGUUAAAUCCUAUAGCUGAUGUUACAAAAGCAGUACUCUCUGAAAAUAUUGAUAUGACUUGGGAUCGUCUUUCUAAGCUGAAAAAGUUUUUUCCAGAUCAAGAACUGGAUGCAGGCUUAAAGUUACAGUAUUGGAGUGCUCUUGAUGCUUGUAGACAAUUCAAAAUUAGAAGUAAAGGAAGUUUUGGAAUUUUGACUUUUAUGAAUAUUAAAGACUGUGUUGAUAUAGUUCAUAAUCAAUUAGAACAAAACAAAGAAAUAAUUUGUAUCUUACAAAAUUUAAAUGAUGCUCUAAAAUCUCAAAAUUUCAAUGUUGUAAAACAAUGUAUCACCAACUCAGCACUUCAAUUAGAAUGUUCUGUAAAAGCAAAAGAUUUACAGUAUAUCUAUGAGUUGUUGUUGAAUCGCCAAAAUGAUUCUGAAGAAGGAGUAGAAUUAUGGAAAGAUGAUGUUGAAGAUGUAAUUAAAAGGGUAAAUGAUGAAGUAGAUAGCAUUAAAAAAAGCAGUAAAUGGCUUCUAUCUGUAAAUUUAUCACUAAUAAAUAAUGAAAAAUUAAGUGUUUUUGAAAAUCUACUUAAACUUGUACCUAUGAUUGAAAUAGAACAACAAGAAUGUUUUGUAACAUUGUUACACCUAGCUAAAUCAAAGUCAAAACACAGAGGCUCUUGGAUAACUCACGAAACACCAUAUGGUCGUAGUGUUUAUUUGAAUCUUGAUUCAUUUGAUUACUCAUGGGAAAAACCAGAAUUCAUCCCAAUUCCAAAGUAUAUCAAUAUGGAAGAAAUACAGACUACAAUUAUGAAUAUGAAAAAAAGCUAUCAACAUAGAAAAGAUACUGAAGAGCUUGUAAAUAUUAUUAUUCAACUUCAAGCACGUAUCAGAGGUUAUUUAGUUCGACAAGAAUUAAAAAAAGUUCAGAUCUGUAAUAAAAAAACAUUAUUUGCUGUUAAAAUACAAAAAUGGUGGCGUUGUAUUUUAUUUAAAAAACAAUGGUCUAUUUUUAUGAUAGAAGUAAGGAAAUAUUUAAAACCAUCACAACGUGUAUACACUUCAUUUGAUAUUAUUUGCAUAACUUUAGUGCAAGCAUUAUGGAGAGGGAAAAUGGUACGAAAAAAUUUUUACCAUCUAUUUCACACCGAAAAUCCACCGUAUAAAAUUGUCAAACAUUUUGCACGCUUACUUAAUUUUAAUUUAGAAGAUUAUCGCAGAGAAAUUGAACUUCAAAAUCAUAGAAGUCAAAUAACUAAACUUAUUCACCAAAGUAAUGAAAUGUCACACAAGGCUGAUGAGUUAGACAUUAAAAUCGGCCUCCUCAUUCAAAAUAGGAUAUCAUUGCAGGAUGUAAUUGGUCAUAAAAACAAAAAUACGGAGGACAUCAACAGAAUACAACAGCUUAAUAAUCUACAAAAUUCAAUUAAUUUAAUGUCACUUAAUAAAAAUAGCAAGCAUUUAUUAGAAUGCUAUCAGAAUUUGUUUUAUAUGCUUCAAACAAAACCACAUUACUUAAGUAAACUUAUAUUCUGUUUGCCAUACUCUGUCCGUCAUAUUUCUAAAUUUUUGGAGCAAACUUUAAUGUCAAUAUUUAAUGCUGGGAGUAAUAGUAGAGAUGCUUAUUUUAUGCUUAAAUUGUUAGCAUUAACUUUAAAAGAAGAAAUUAAGUUAAAUUGUACCAAAGCAGCUGAAAUAAAAACCUCCAAUUUAAAUGUUUUAAAAGCAAUUGUUGAUCAAGCUAGAUGCUUUGAUAAUCAAAAACGUUUAAAAACUAUUUUUAAAAGUGUUGUUGAGAAGUUGAUUGAUCAUAGGAAUACGUUGUUUAUUGACACAAAUCCAGUAACCAUUUAUAGAUCAUGGCGUAAUGAACUAGAAACUAAUACUGGAGAAAUUUCUGAUUUACCAAGUUCUGUGGAUCAACAUACUGCUUUAACAUAUGAAGAGGUACAAAAAAGGUUAAAUCACAAUUUAGAACAAUUGCAAACUGUAACUGAAGAAUUCUUAAAUAAAAUAUUAGAUUCUAAACCAUUAAUACCUUAUACUAUACUAUAUACUGCCCGUAUUUUACGUGAAACUAUACAAGAGUUAUUUCCUGAUACUCGUGAAAACGAAAUUUAUAAGAUAAUAGGAUACUUUGUGUAUAAUUUAUACAUGAAUCCUGCUAUUAUUACUCCCGAAAUAUAUGGAAUAUUUGAAACUAAAAUAGAAGAAGGAAUAAGUUAUCGUCAACGUCAUAAUUUAGCUAGUGUUGCUAAAAUUCUGCAAUAUGCAUCCAAUAAGAAAGGAUAUAAGGAAGAAAUUCAUUUAAAGUGUAUGAAUCCAUUUAUUUUAGAUUGUUAUAAUAAACUGAAGCUAUUUUUUAACAAUUGCUGCAAUGUUGAUGAUCCUGAAGUAUAUUAUAACAUGAAUGAAUUCACAGAUGUUACUCUUUUAACUAAACCAACAAUAAAUAUAACUCUACAGGAAAUACAAGAAACACAUUCUCUGCUACUUGACAAUAUUGAUCAAGUUGCACCAGAUCCAUUUGACCCCAUACAUCAAUUAUUAGAUGAAUUGGGACCAUCAGCGCCUACUAUUUCACAACUAUAUGGCUCUGAUGAUGAAGAUGUUAUGGUACAAAGACGUAUUGCAACUGUUCAAGUUUGUCUUACUCUGUCAGAUAAAUUUGAGCCAAAUUGUAAAAUCGCAUCUGUGACUAAACUAUUUAUAAAAACAAAGGAGUUAUUAAUUAGAGUAUUGCCUUAUCUGAGUGGACAUACAUUACCCGGGGCACUGAGAAUUGAUUCUUCCCUUAAUGAAGAACUUCAGUUUUCAAAUAGAGAAACAAAAUUAAAUGCAUCUGGAAAAUCAAUUGAUACUGCUCCAGUAACGUUAAAAGAUAUAAAAGCAAAAUUAAGAAAAAAUUUAAAAAUAUUAGAAGAAGAAGGAGUAGUAUCAAAAGAUGAUGGUUACCAAGGAAUUAUUACAUCUGUAGCAAAAGAUAUUUGUAAUAGAAAUAAGUAUCGGCAAAUACAAAUUAAAGAAUUACAAAUGGUGAAAUCUACUAAACAAAGAUUGGAUGAUAAAAUUAAAUAUUUAAAUGAAAAAAUUAUAUCUUAUGAACAGUAUAUACAAACAUGUCUAGACAAACAUAAUACUGGACAAAAGAAAUCAAAAAGUUCUUCAAAGACACCAAGGAGUAAGCAAUUGAAAACUAAGAAAAGUGUUCGAUACACUGCUGCAAAGUUACGAGAAAAAGGUAUUCUGAUUGAAGUAGAAGGACUUCCUGAAAGCCAGUUUAAAAAUGCUCAAUUUGAAAUAAUUCCUACUGAUGAUCAUGGAAUAUUUAUGGUUAAAGGUAAAUUUAUGGGCGUGGAAAUGGAAACAGUGAAUAUUGAUAUACAGGAUUUACUGCAACGUCAAUUUGAGGGAGCUACAAUUAUGGAUAUUUUUGGUACUGCAAAAGUUAAUGUCAACUUAUUGUUAUUUUUAUUAAAUAAAAAGUUUUACUGUAAAACAUAACUUGUAAUAAUAAUUCAUAUGAUUUUCACAUUUAAAUGAAUACUUGUGAUAUUAUAAUGAAUUUUACAAUUAUUUAAUUUCUUUUAAAUACAUUUUUUAUUAUUUUAGUUUUUGUUAAAACUUUAAUCAAAUACUCUGUAAUGUGUCCAAAUAAUUUUAAUAUUAAACAAAUAUGUUUUUUAAUUUAUUUUUAAGUUUUUAUCAUUAAACGAUGUAUUAACUUAUGUUAAAAAUUAAUUAUUAACCUAAUAUUAUAAUAAUAAUUUUUAUAUUUUGUUA